AUGCUGCAGAAACAAAGAAAUGUCUCUCCACAACCAAACACAGAAUUCAAAGUCCUUGCUACAGACUCAACUGAACACAAGUCGGAGGCUUUGAAUGUCUCUGCAUCUCUGGAAGCCAGCUUCCUAUGCGGCUUAGUCAGUGUAAAAGGUUCUGCUGAAUUCCUACAUGACAAAAAGACCUCAAAGCGUCAGUCUAGGGUUUCUCUGCAGUACCGUACCACCACUCGCUUCGAGCAGCUGACCAUGGACCACCUGGGGGCAGGAAAUGUGAAACACUGUAAUGUCUUACAAGAGGGCUCUGCAACCCAUGUAGUGACUGCCCUGCUCUACGGAGCGCAGGCCUUUUUCGUUUUUGACCAAGAGGUUUCCUCAGGAGAAAACCACCAGGACAUCCAGGGAAACCUGCAGGUCAUAAUAAAAAAGAUCCCUCAAAUAUCAAUAGAAGCGGAGGCAAAGUUGAAGAUGAGUGAGGAAGAGAAGAGGGAGGCCAAUAAAUUCAACUGCACUUUCCAUGGUGAUUUUGCACUAGAAAACAACCCUGUCACAUUUGAAGAUGCCAUCAGGGUGUAUACUGGCCUGCCACGUCUGCUAGGGGAGAACGGAGAACACGCUGUGAAUGGAAGAGGAAGAGCUGAUAAAAAUGCUCAACAGCAAAGAACGUUCUCCAUUCCAGAAUGA